AGUGCGAAAACUCUGUCUCACUCCGUCUCCAACUCUGAGAGGAAGUUACCACCUCUUCCCCAGACUCUGUGCACACACACUCAGGCAAAGCCACACACGCUCUUCAGGACUUAACCACAGCAGCAACCGUGAAAAUCUCAGGGCUGCUUGUAAUGUGUUUUGGAGGGAAAGAUUCAGAUUUGCAUUCUGUCUGAGGCUCUCUGUGUGGACUGAACAACUUCGGGGGGACGUUCUGCUCUCAUCACUAACUGGGGUGGCCAAAUGAACUGUUUAGCCUGAGGACGAAAGAUCACAGGCCUCGAUCCCACAGCGAGGCAGAUAAAGACAGAGAGCAGCGUGAUCAUUCUGCAUCGGUUCUGCAGCUUCUCUUUACAUUAUGAGCUGGGACUGAAGACUUGCUUUGGGGCUUUAAUUUUGUGGAGUGAAAAAGUGACGUAAGAAUCACCAUGGAUGUCAAGAAAAAAGAGAUGGACCUCCUAAGCAACAGCAUAGCUGCAUUUGCACACAUCAAAGCAAAUCCAGAAAGUUUUGGCCUUUAUUUUGUGCUUGGAGUGUGUUUCGGCCUGGUGCUGACGCUCUGCCUCCUGGUCAUCCGCAUCUCCUGUAAACCACGGACCAAUGUGGACCCCUCCACGACUGAGAAGAAACACCUCAAGGAAAUCAGUGUGGAGGAUGAGGAGAGUGAUGAUGAUGAAGAUGAAGAGGUGGAAGAUGUAGAGGUGCCCGUCUUGUUGCCCAGCACUGAAAUCCCUGUUGGUAAUCAUACCAGCCAGGUGGAUGGGACUCUGAGUGUGAACGUAUUCACUUCAGCUGAGGAGUUGGAGCGUGCGCAGCGGCUGGAGGAGAGAGAACGCAUCAUACGGGAGAUCUGGAGGAACGGCCAGCCUGAUAUCCUGGGGUCGGGAACUGGGACUAUUGGAAGAGUGCAUUACUACUGAGAUGCAUAAGGCUACAAGGGAAACACUGUAAGCUCUGAGGAACUACAUAGACCUUUUGGUGGGCCUGGUGUCCUUGAAGCUUGAGAGCCUGUGUUUGAUACAAAGUGACUUGUGGAACAGUAAAAAAAAAAAAAAAAAAAAAAAAAAAAAAA